CAAAUAUCUGCUUUUGUCAUUUGCUUUUCUAGCAAUUGGGAAAGAUCUUGCGAGCGAUGUUUGUGAUCUGUAGCGGCACACCGCGCUCCAGCGCUCGCCAGGAUAGAGAGAUGAUUACGAUACAGAAACAAAAAGACGACGACGCAGUGGAGUCGCUUGCGCUAAAAUCUGUGGGUCGAUUUCGAAACCGUGGUCUCUGGAGGUGUUGCGCAUUCACAGCCUGAGCGUGUUGGGUUACCUGAGUUGUGAGAAUUGAAGGUGGUCGCCAUCGUGGUUGGUUGGUGCAGCUUUUAGUGGAGAAAUUUGAAAGCUGGGGAUAUUUGCACUCUGUUUUUCCAUAGAUUUCUUGGGAUUUUUGAGCUGGGCACAACCUCGAAUCCGCUGUCUGAGCGCGACCUGGUUAGCAUUUUUGCGCAUUUUUCUGAUGUCUAUGAAAUCUGCAUCGUCAUUGACGCUGUAGAUAUUUUCUGACCAGCGCUUUGGUAGUCGUUAUUGAUGUGGUCUGAACAACUGAUGCCAAUGUUGUCACAAUCGACACAUUUUCGGGCGCAAAUUGCAGUCAGGGGUGGUUAGGUAGUGAGAUGCGGCCUUCAGAGUUGAAACUCUAAGCCAAGGUAGUCUUCAGUUGAAACUUUAACAGGGGGACAAUGCCGUAUAUGCAAUUGGCUCGGCAUGUUCCAUCUACGGAUACUUUCCGGCAAUUUUCAGGCCCAGUUUUAGCUGGCAAGAAAGCUGUUCUUCGAGAUCAAUUGCGGCGUUCACCUAAGAAUGUUUCUUCGGGAUUAUCUUCUCCGAGUGUCAGCAAUCAAACAGGAUGUGAACCUUGGACUGUCUCACCGAGUGUUCAGAGUGAGAGGCCACGAUUUACAGCUGUUGCAGCACUGGGUCCAAGUCAAACCCUGGGGGUGGAGCCGGAUCCCUCCUUGGAUGAGGGUACGACGGAGAAAUGGCAUGAAUGGCUCGCUUUUGCUACCAGCUUGUAUCCCGUGUACAUGCUGGUGGGUGGGUUGAUCGCGUUCUGGAGACCGUCAGCUUUUUCAUGGUUUGUGAAGAGAGGACCGGAUUCUUAUAGUGCUGCGUUGGGAAUCAUUAUGCUUUCGAUGGGUUUUACCAUGCGUAUCGAAGACCUGCUUUAUGUCCUCACCAAACGGCCUGUGGCGGUUGUCUUUGGAUUCGCGGCCCAGUACACCAUAAUGCCACUCCUGGGUUCUGCGUUGUGUCGCUUGAUGGGCCUUCCAGCAGAGAUUGCAGCAGGAAUUAUACUUCUGUCGUGCUGUCCAGGAGGCACAGCGUCGAACGUGGUGACCUACAUCGCACGGGGAGAUGUGCCACUCUCCAUCCUCAUGACUAUAUGUACCACUUUCGCGGCAGUGUUCAUAACCCCCUUACUUACAAGCAUUCUUGCGGGAGUUUAUGUACCUGUUGAUGCGAUUAGCAUGGCUUUGAGUACAUUACAGGUAGUUCUGGUUCCAGUCAUUGCCGGUGCGUGUAUGCAGACUUUCUUCCCCCAAGUCGUAUCUGUCAUUACUCAGUUUGCCCCUCUGAUCGCCGUUCUGAUCUCCUCGUUACUCGCUAGUAGUGUCUUCUCAGCCAACAUCCCACUUCUAGUGGCCUCUCCUAUGAAGAUGGUAUCCAUUCUGGGAAGCGCGACAUCGGCCAUGGAUCCAGCAACGACAACUCAACCAGUGAUCGUCACCCUGGGCAUCAUCGGAGGCGUCGUGAUGGCUCUGCACGGCGCAGGUUUCCUUCUCGGCUAUGUCGCUGCCAAGGCAGCUGGAUUCGAGGAGCCGCAGCGACGCGCGGUGUCGAUAGAGGUCGGAAUGCAGAAUUCCUCCUUAGGAGUGGUCUUGGCCACCAUGCACUUUGCUUCGCCGCUGACGGCGGUCCCAGCUGCCGUCUCCGCGAUGUUGAUGAACAUCAUGGGGAGCGGAUUAGCUGUAGUCUGGCGAAACAUGGGCUUCGGUAGCCACGCCGCGACGACGGCGCUCGUCCACGAUGACGACGACGGCACUGUGUCGUAGCACGCCCCUGCUCAAACCUUGAAGCAUAAGUUGAGGAUUUUUUAGGUGAUUAUUUCAAAAAAUUAUAAAUAUAAAUAUAAAUAUAUAUAUACAUGUGUGUGUGUGUGUGUGUAUGUAUGUAUGUAUGUGUACAUAGACAUAUAUUCAUGUCAAGAAAAACUAAUUGAAAGAGGACACUUGCAAUGAUUGGCCACUUCA